CUGAGGAGUCGGACAUCGCCACAGUGCGCGCGGAUGCGGGGAAGAUGGAGGAGGAGACAGGAGCUGUGUGAGGACACAGAGAUGCGGAUCAUGGAGGCUUGCGCCGUCAAAUGAGCAAAGGACCAAAGACGACGCUUAAUGGACACGGGGACGAGCACAGGUCAACGACAGGACUCCAAAAGAGCGCGUCCCGUCUGCAUCUCGAGAAAUAGACCGGCCGUCUCAUUUUAACAGUUCGUUUCUUAAAGAGCGUUUUGCAAUUGGGCAUCAAGUACGGUAUUUCCAUAUAAUUAUUCUCAUAAACAAUAACAAGGAAUGUGGGAAACGGGGACGGUUGUCGCUGAUGGUCAAUGCGGAGGAUAUUCACACGAGCCUGGAUGUCCUUUAGUGCUCGCAGGGACUGGGAAUAAGCGCAUUCUGUGCGUAAUGACGCCAUAACAGAGAACUGGACACUUGAGCGUUCUGAAGAACACGACCGGAUCUGAACCCUUGGAAAGAUGAGGGUUCCGCGUUUGCUUCUGUACUCAUGGACAUUAUUGGCCCUUCUGCCGGUCCCCUGCUCCGGCGCAGUGCUGCUCCGUGUCCCCCUGCGGCAGGGGCCCCUCUCACAGACCGCGGGCCCCCGGGGCCCCUCCAGCUCCUCCCGAACACGCAGAGGUGCCAGUGCGGUGAAUUUUGUCAACAUGAUUGACAACCUUCGGGGAAAGUCAGGACAAGGGUAUUACAUCGAGAUGGCCGUGGGCUCUCCGCCUCAGAAGCUGAAUAUCCUGGUGGAUACGGGCAGCAGUAACUUCGCAGUCGGCGCCGCCGCUCACCCGUUCCUCCACAGAUAUUACCAUCGCUCUCUCUCGUCGUCGUACAGAGAUCUGGGCCGCAGCGUGUAUGUGCCGUACACACAGGGCCGCUGGGAGGGCGAGCUGGGCACAGACCUACUGUCCAUUCCUCACGGGCCCAACGUGUCUCUGAGGGCCAACAUCGCUGCAAUCACCCAGUCUGACCGCUUCUUCAUCAACGGCUCCAACUGGGAGGGCAUCCUCGGACUGGCCUACGCCGAGAUCGCCAGGCCGGAUGAGACUCUAGAGCCGUUCUUCGACUCUCUGUUGAGGCAGACCAGCGUCCCAGACGUCUUCUCUCUGCAGCUCUGCGGAGCGGGGUUCACCCAGAACUACAGCGCCGGCAGCUCCACUGUAGGGGGCAGUAUGGUUAUUGGGGGAAUAGAUCCGUCCCUGUAUGUGGGCGAGCUGUGGUACACACCAAUCAGACGAGAGUGGUAUUAUGAGGUCAUCAUCGUGCGCAUCGAGGUCAACGGACAGGAUCUUAAUAUGGACUGCAAAGAAUAUAACUAUGACAAAAGUAUCGUGGACAGUGGCACCACAAACCUGCGUCUCCCUCGUAAAGUGUUCCAGGCGGCUGUGAAGGCCAUUGAAGCGGCUUCAUCGACUGAACAGUUUCCGUCAGGUUUCUGGCUGGGCGAGCAGCUGGUGUGCUGGCAGGUGGGCACCACACCGUGGCACAUCUUCCCUGUCAUCUCUCUCUACCUGAUGAGUGAAAACAGAAACCAGUCUUUCCGCAUCUCCAUCCUCCCACAGCAGUAUCUGAGGCCAGUGGAGGAUGUGGCCUCGGCUCAGGAGGACUGUUAUAAAUUUGCUGUGUCUCAGUCCAGUACUGGUACGGUAAUGGGUGCCGUCAUCAUGGAGGGCUUCUAUGUGGUGUUUGACCGAGAGCACAAACGCAUCGGCUUUGCGGUCAGCACGUGUCACGUCCACGAUGAGUUCCGCACCGCCGCAGUGGAGGGGCCCUUCCAUGGCGUGGACCUUGAGGACUGUGGCUACAAUGUCCCUCAGACCGACGAGUCCACAUUAAUGACCAUCGCCUACAUUAUGGCGGGCAUCUGUGCCCUAUUUAUGCUGCCUCUGUGCCUCAUGGUCUGUCAGUGGCGCUUUACGCGCUGCCUUCAUCCGCUGGGCGCUGGAGAUUUCUCUGAUGACAUAUCCCUCCUGAAGUGAGCCAUAUCUAAACGCAGAAUGAGUUCAGUGCUUGGAAGACCAGCCGUCCUUGAGGGUCUCAAAGAAGAGGAAUUGAUGAUAUUGAUGAGGCUACAGUGAUUAUAACUAUAUAUGUUAUAAUUGUGCAAAUGCACACACACACACACAUUCACACACACACUAAUGGGCUGUCCUACCCUGGAGGAUUUGGUACCCUCUGACCCUUUCUGAGUAUGUGAUAUGUGAAUGAUCCUUUAUCUUGUAAGUGUGGAUAGCUGUCCUGGGACUGUUCAAGUGAAGUUCUGUAAACUAUGUGAGUGAGUGUGUCUGUGUUUGAAAGUUAGAGGGAUAUUGUUCACUAUAUUAAGAUGUCAUGUUCUAUAAUAUGAUCAAUAUUGAUUCAUUUUCAAAAUGAAUAAGUGGUAUAAUAAUGUACUGUUUGAGUCACUGUUUAUGACAUACCCGUCCCCAAAAAUACCAUAAGGAACUCAUAUUACUAUUACUUACUAAGGCAACAUGAUCUUGUGACUGUAUUAAUUGAAUGCUAACAGUUAAUAGACCUAUAUGAUUUGAAAUAAUGAUUGUCCCUAGGAAAACAUGUCCAGUCAUAUUUUACCCCAAAAUCUAAAGGAAAUUAUAACAAAUUAUAUUUAAACAUAAAGCCAAUUUUAGGACCAAGAGUUAUUUUAUUUUAUUUUUUUUACAUGGCAAUUUUAGUAACAUUUUCUAUUAAAUUUCCAUUACCCCAAUGAAAAUAAAUUAACAAAAAACUAUAAUAAACUAUUAAAAACAAAUAAUAUUAUUAUAUAUGUAAUAUAUUAUUUUAACUGCUUUCCAUUUUAAUUUAUGCAGUGGUCUUAAAAUAGGAUACAUUUUUAUUUAUGCAAAUAAAAAAAAAAGUUUUUUUAUUUUUAUUUAUUUUUAUUUUGCCUGGACACGUUUUCUAAAGAUUUAUUCUAGAGCAGUCAUAUUUAAAUUAUGUAAGAAAUAUUCAUCUGCUUUUGAAUAAUUUAUCUGGACACAUAUGGAACUGUAAUGCUGACUUCACAUUGCAAAUAUGAUUGCACACACGCACGUACACCCACAGACACACACACACACACACACACACACAGAGAGAGAGAGAGAAAUGCAACCAAACAAUAAAUGCACCUAAAACAAUUUCUGCCUAUCCUUGUGCAUAUAGUAACUCACAUUAGGAAAAGCACAUACUUUCAUACAUCAUGUUAACCAAACCUUUCAGCCAGUUUAAGCCAGAACAAAACUUGUCUACUCUGAAAGAUCUGCAAAACAGUUUCCUACUGCUAACAAACUUAAUGUAUUAAUGAAAAUCCAAAUUGGCAGCUCUUACAUUUAAUAAAGUAUAAUACACCAUAAUGUGUGGUCUUAUU